GCCGGAACUCAAUAUCUUUAAUCUUUAGUGAAGUUUGCGUUGGAUGUCAAACGUGGCAGAAUAAAAUUAACGGCAUACUUUGGCCAUCGUCGUCAACAGAAGAAAGGAAUGGCCAACCAAGCGUGCCAGGCCUUACCAACAGAGGGAUGGAACAUUGUAUUGACGACUUUUCUGGGUCUUUUUAUCUCCUUUAUCGCUUCUACAACAAACGCAUUAACAAUCCUUGCAAUCUUCAAGAAAAGAGCACUCCAUUUUGUCACAUAUUAUUUCAUUGCUUCUCUAGCAGUUGGUGAUUUCCUUGUCGGAAUUGUCGCCCUUCCACUUUGGAUGGCACGUUCUCUUCUAAAAGUCGCCGACGAGGAGGACCCAUUAAGUUUUGCUGUGCGCUGCUUUUACUUUUUUUUCGUCGGGAUUUCGACGUAUAAUUUGUGCACUCUCAGCUUAGAAAGAUAUGUUGGUGUUAUCUUGCCUUUACGCUAUAACGAAAUAGUAACCGUUCGACGUUUUCAGUACGCGGUAGCGUCGGUGUGGGUUCUGUCAGGCAUCACCGCUUGCCUUUGUUUCGCCAUUCAUGAGGAUACCUACUGGUUUGUGGCCGUUUUUGCAGUGUUCUUUAUGCCGGGAAUUGUUAUUUCGUACUGCUAUGUCUGUAUAUUUAAGGAAACAUAUCGUCACCCGAAAGCCAAUGAACAGCUGCAAGCCGGUUCGGGAUCAACAAACCAAACGCACAACAGAAAGGCGUCUUUAACGAUUGCAGUUGUUAUUGGCGUAUUCUACAUGACAACCUUGCCUGCUCUGGCUUUUUCCAUCCAUGAGGUUGUUUCAGGGAAGAAUGCUCCGUGCCAAACGAAGAAAACACUCGAAUCCUGGGGAACAUGGGCGCUGUUUCUCGCCUACUCCAAUGCAGCUAUCAAUCCAUGGAUAUAUGCUGUUAGAAAACGAGAAUUUAGAGAUGCUUUAAAAAUCUUGAUGUUCUGGAAACACUAGGCAGGACUUGGACGAUGUCUUUGCUAAUCACAUGAAGGAAACAGAGAGGGAAGAAGAAGAUGCCUCGAUCUAUGACUGAAACAGC